UUCAUUCACCAAUCCGUAGUGACCAAAACAGUGAACACCAGCUGAUGUAAACACACACCUCUCACCACGCCGCCCUACCGCUGUGUCUGUCUUUGAGGGUUGGUGAGGUGCUCGUGUGGCAUUGAGGGCGUGGCCAGCAGAGUGACAGCCCAACAUGGCCAGUGUGAGGAGCUUGACUGUCCUGUGUCACCACCUGGGGCGCCUCACGCUGGGGCCCUCGCCGGUGCCUGCCCUGCUGGCCCCGGCUACCCUGGGUUCUCACUCCCUCCUACAGGUGAGGAAAUACAACUACUACCACAUCGACCGACCCAAGCCAAAUGAGAAGAGGAACUUCCUGUUCAUGGUACACUACCCUGAGGAUGGCCAGUACACUGUCAAGCCACUCAAGACAACUAAGCUGGCCGGCAGAGACCCAGAGACAGGCCGCAUUGUUGUGGGCACACUGGGUGGCGGGGCCAAGAGGAACUACCGCUGGAUUGACUGGUACAGAACAGGACCCACAGAUGGAACCUUUCUGGAGGAGAGAGUGAUUCACGUCCAGUAUGACCCUAACCGAUCAGCGAGGAUUGCGCUUGUUGGUGGCGGGGACAGCCUUCGAUACAUUUUGGCCACAGAAAACAUGAAGGGUGGAGACCUCAUCAAGACCUCCAGCUUCAUACCCAGGAUUCCCGUGCGGCCCAAGGAGGGGGAUGCAUACCCAGUGGGAGCCUUACCUACUGGAACAGCAGUCAAUUGUGUGGAGGUCGUGCCAGGUGAUGGUGCCAGAAAGGUGAAGGCUGCCGGCACUGCUGGCAUCAUCAUGAAGAAGAUUGGACAGAAGGUUGUGGUGCAGCUUCCCUCCAAGAUGGAGCUUGCCCUUGACCCAAAGUGUAUGGCCACAGUAGGGAGGUUGUCUAACCCCACCCAUGGACAGAAGCACAUAGGGUCUGCACAGCGGAACCGGUGGCUGGGGCGCCGGCCGGCCUCUGGGCUUUGGCAGCGUAAGGAUGGUUACCGCGGUAGGAAGAUCAAGCCAAUUCCAAAAAUGAAGAGCUAUGGUGUCCAAAGAGAAGUUCCUUACACCAACUUUACCAUCCCAACUGAAGGACCUCGCAAGAAGAUUAUACCAAGCACAGAUCGUGUGUCUUGAGCAGAGAAUUGUCUUGUUAAUGUUGCCCAGAUCUUUAUUUCUUGUCUCUCCUUGAAGGUAAUGGACAAAUGAAAGUGUGAUUGAUGCUAUCUUGUUUGUAUAUAAUAAAGCCUUCACAAUAGUU